CUGACUUAUACUUUAUAGGCAACCUCGCCAGAACCUUCCGAGUGCCCCACAAGAUUAUUGAUACACUGAUAUUUGAUAUCAGAGUCCACUCUUUGAAGAAUCUCACGUAUUUGCUCCUCCCUUCACUUUUUACAAGGACUCUAAAGGCAGAGGAAAUCCGAGAGGUCUGACCAUUCUGCUCUUGUUUGGGCAGUGAAUGCUAUAUAUUAUAUAGCCUGAUAUUUAAAUAUAAUUAAAGGUGGAGCUGAAUAAUAAUGGAUAGUGUUGGCGUUGACUCUGCUUCUCCGCCUCCUGAGGAAAAUAACUCGCAAGCUGAUUUUAUCAAGCAGGAGCUGAACUUUGACAUUGAUCCCAAUGAUCCCCUUACGCAGGCUAGUUUGAACGAUCAUCCAGUGAAUGAGUGGAUGGACAUACUAGGCAAUGGUCAGUUAAGGAAAAAAGUGGUUAAACCAGGCAAAGAUAACACUAGGCCUAACCGAUUGGACUUGUGUAUGUUAAGUUUUACUGUCAAAUUGGAAGAUGGAACGAUUGUCGAUGAAGCAGAGGACCUUAUUGUUCAAGUUGGAGAUGUGGAGUAUACUCAGGGACUGGAUUUAGCUUUGGCAUUAAUGGAAACAGAAGAAGAAGCCAUUAUUGAAGCAGAAGCAAGAUUUGGUUAUGGCUCGCUAGGAAGACCUGCAGUAGGACCUUUUCCAGAAAUACCUUCAAACGCAAAACUUAUUUAUAAUGUGACGCUAAAAAGAGUGGGAAUUGAGCCUGACAUUGAUACAUUACCUAUUAGUAAAAAAAGAGAGAUCGGAAAUAAGAAGAAAGAAAGAGGAAACUGGUGGUUUUCUCGUAAGGAAUAUACCCUGGCAACCCAAAGUUACAGAAGAGCACUGGAUUAUCUUUCUCUAUCUAGUGAGAGUGCCCCAGAAAAUGAAAAAUCUGAAAGAAUAGAACAUGUGUCUGAUGCUGAUUUACAAGCUAUCCUCGAGGAUUCACUAGUGGUACACAAUAACUUGGCUGCUGCACAGAUGCAGUGCGAGGCGUACGAUGCUGCUUUGAAAAGUGUAGAGAAUGUUUUAAGAUGUCAACCUUUAAAUGUUAAAGCACUUUUUAGGAAAGGAAAAAUUUUACACGUCAAGUUGGAGCAUGCCAAAGCUGUUGCAGUUUUAUUACAAGCCUUGAAAAUUGAACCUGACAAUAAAGCAGUUCAAAAAGAAUUGGAAGUUUUGAAGAAAAAAAGCGCUAAAGAUGCUCAGCAUGAGAAAAAUCUUUACCGUAAAAUGUUAGGAACUACAAAUAAUAAAAAUAAAAGUGAAUUGAAUGUUAAAGAAACAAAAAAAGUUAGCACCAAAGUGACCUGGAGUUUGCUCGGUGGAACGAUUGCCGCGGUUGUUGGGAUUGUUGCUUAUAAAUUUAUUUCAUGAUUGUUAAAUUUUCAAACAGAUAAUUGUUUCUUUGCGCAUUUAAAACUCUUGUUAAAAAAAAAAAACAAGUAAAAUUUUAAGGCAUUCCAUUGCACGGUUUAAUUUAACUGCAGGAUGUGUGUUGUUAAUUAUUGUUAUAUUUGUCUGGUAACUUUGUAUACAUCUUUAUAUUCA